AUGCUGGGUCGAAUUCUCUCCAACAUAGGCGGCUCGGAUGACAGGGUUCACACUCGUAGGCUUUACACCUCGGUGAUGUCGAUGGCCCUGUACGAUGCACCCAUCUGAUUUCAGGGUCUAACCGCUAAGGAUGCCAGUGCCAGGAUGCUGCAAAGACUCCAACGACGAAUGGGGAUCCAGAUCGUGCGAGAGUACCGCACGAUUUUCGAGGAGGCGGCCCUAACCCUAGCUGAGUGUAUCCCGUUCGACCUUCAGGCGAAGAUGGGGGCGCAGAUGUUCCAAGGGAAACGGGACGCGCGACGCUGGGACCAAGAAGCUUGGGAUGCUCGCGAUCGCGAGACUGCGGGCCCAACAGCGUGCCCUCCAGGAGUAGAGGACGGAGCUGAUAGAGAGCGGAGCUGA